AUGGACAACAAAGUGGAACAGAAAGUGGACGCAUUCUUUAAGAGAAAAUGGAGUGUAGGUAAGGAUAAAGUGUAUGGUUUAUUCCAAGAAUUUUCUAAUAAAGUGGACGAGGAUGAUAAUACGAGUAAUUUGGGGGUUGUGUGUAAUCAAAUUGCGGACAGUCCUGCUCCAAAGGAGAAGAACUUUCCCAAAUGUUUCUGUAAGAUUCUUAUAAAAAAUUUAGAGAAAGUAACAAAUAGCAGCAGCACGUAUAUGUACAAUGGUAAGGAGAAAAAUGUCAGUGAUAUUCGACAGGAUGCACGAUGUGAUUUAUUAAACUUAUGGUUAUUCUUAUAUGUAUUGAAAUAUAAGGUGCAGAGUGAGCAUGUUAUGUAUGCAUUCGAAGCAAUAACUAAUUUGGAAGAUUUUUUUUUUAUGAAACCUGAGGAUUGUAUAUAUACAGGUAAAUUUACAAUAAACGAAGGCGAGGAAGGUAUUAAAUUCAAAAAUAUUAUUCAGUUCUUGAUGAAUCAUGACAAUAGAACCCUAAUGGAGGCAAUAGAUAACGAGACUGCAUGUAACACAGGGAGCAGGGCGGAAAACCAGGAUAGUGGAGUUCCAAAGACGAAUGUGGAAAAUAUAAGUUCCGAAGUGCAGAAUAUAGUUGAACAAGUUUUCGAAGAAAUAAAGAAACCUUCCACACCAAGGCAGGGAUCCUCAGGCAAAGACUGUAGCAAGUGUAGCAGCCUAUGUGAACGCGCCAAUUGUGUAGCACAUAAUUGGUUUAGGGACAGAUUAACUAAUGAAGGGACAGGAAGACGGGACUGGUGUAUAUUUUGGGGUAAGGGAGACGUCGGAAAAGUAUUGACUGGCCUGUCUAAUGCUAUGAAAAGUGGGAGCGAAGCGGACGAUAGUUUGUGUGAGGGCAUUACAGUGCCAGCUGGUACGUCCUCAGAGGCAAAUAAAAAAGCAUGUAAUUAUAUUGUUAAAGGCUUGAAAGACAUAUAUAAGAUUAGGCCAUAUGGGGGUUGGGCCGGGAAAAAUGCUGAGGAAAAAAAGAAGAAGAAUAACAACCAACAAUUUUAUCGAACUAUGGGAUGCAUCAGCUUGAACUUAUACGCAGAUAAAUUGGAGCAAUUACAAUCUUGUAAGGUAGAGGUUGGUAUAAAACAUGCUUUUGAUAAAAGUUCAUAUCUUAAAGAUAAUACAUCUCCCUGUAAUAGUGAUGGUACUUGCUUUGAAUGCACAAGGGACUCAUCCUAUAAAGAUUGCCCACUAAACGUGUACGAUAAUCUAUGGUAUCCUUUAACAGUAAAUGGAAAAAAGUGUGAAGAGGACAAAAGAAAUGUAAUGAAAAAACUGGAAGAGUUGUUCAAUGAGAAUAAAGAAAUAACAGAAACUCUAGAGCAAAUAUGUCCGGAGGAUGAACAAUCGAACGCUGAGAUGCCGGAAAAAGGAUCCAGUCCAGCUCCUCCACCUGGUCCUUCUGGUGCUGAGGGUGGAGGUGGGGGAGGAAGAGUAGAUGAAGCUGCUUUAAAAGCACCCAAGGCUCAAGCACUUACUGAAAAGAAGGACAACCCCGUCGUUCCUUACCUCCCUCUUGCUCCUGCCACCAUUGGAAUCAUCACCAUGACUUACUAUCUUUGGAAGUACUUUGGAAUGCUUCGCAAGACAAGAAGACGUUACAGAAGAGCUUAUCAAGUACGUGAUCCCUGCUUACAAGAACAACUCCUUGCUCAUGUCGACCAAGGUGGUCCACAUGAAUAUAUGUUAAUAAAGGAACGCAAACCCCGUUCUACAGCUAAAAAAAGGAGGAAAAGGGAACGUCCCGGCCGUCGUCGUCGUGGUGUACGUCGCCGCAUGAUUAUUGAUAUUCAUUUAGAAGUCUUAGACGAAUGUCAAAAGGGGCACACCAAACUGGUUCAAGAGGAAUUCCUUGGCAUUAUUGUUGAAGAAUUUAUGGGAAGCAAAUUUAUAAAAGAAGAAAAGCUUCAAAAUUCAGAUUCCGGGUUUAGGGAGGAAAGACCUUCUUCCUAA